AUGGAAGCCCUCAGCCAGUCGGUGCGGAUGAGCCUGACGACGGCCCUGGUGGUGUCGGUAUGCAUCGUCGACUCGGUCACCAUCGCCUACGACGGCUCCGUCAUGGGCUCGGUCAACGUGAUGAAGAGCUACCAGUCAUACUUUCACCUCGACACGGCCACCAUCUCGGUCAACUCGUGUGCCGUCUACCUGGGCGCCAUCCUAGUGGCCCCCAUCUCUGGCUACAUCGUCAACUGGCGUGGCCGGCGCGAGGCCAUCGGCGUCAGCUGUCUCUUCAACAUUGUGGGGGCCGCCAUCAGCGGCGCGGCCCAGAACAUCGCCAUGUUUAUUGCCGGCCGCAUGAUCAUCGGCAUCGGCAUGGGCCUGGCCCAGACGUCUGCCGGCGCCUACGUGUCCGAGACGACGGCACCCAAGGUCCGGUCGCUGGCCCUGGGACUAUACUUUACCUGUUGGGCCCUGGGUGGCUUCAUUGCGACGGGGACACAACAAAUGGACCCGUCCGACUGGGCUUGGCGCAUCCCCUGCAUCGUCCAGGCCUUUGCCCCCGUCUGCGUGCUCGGCAUCCUGCCCUUCUUGCCCGAGUCGCCGCGCUGGCUGAUCUACAACGACCGCAACGAGGAGGGUCUGGCGGUGCUGGCGCGCAUCAACGGCGCCUUGGCCGACGACACGGCCGUGCAGCUGCAGUACCAGGAGGUGCUCGACACGAUGACGUACGAGAAGACUGAGGGUCGCAGCCUGGGCUUCCGCGAGAUUGUCCGCAGCCCAGCCAACCGGAAGCGGCUCGGGCUGGCGCUCUCGGUGGCGCCGCUGACGAUGCUGACCGGCUCCAACGUGAUCACGUACUACUACGGCACGAUGUUGGACCAGGCCGGCAUCACCUCGUCCAAGACGCAGAUGGAGGUCAACCUGGUCUUGUCGGCCUGGCAGUUUGUCAUCGCUGUGCUCGGCUCGCUGCUGGCCGAGCGUCUUGGCCGUCGGUUUCUCUGUCUCGCGUCGCUCGCCACCUGCACCGCCUUUCUGUACGGCCUCGGCGGCAUGACGGCCACAUACGGCGGCUCGAGCAGCACCUCGGGCAUCUACGGCACCGUCGCCUUCAUGUUCUUCUUCCUCGGCUGCUACUCGUUCGGCCUGACGCCCCUGACAAACAUGUAUCCACCCGAGGUCCUGUCGUACAACCUGCGUGCCACCGGCAUGGCCAUGUUCACGCUCUGCGCCAAGGCCUGCGGCGUCUUCGUCACCAUGGUCUUUCCCUACAUGUUCAGCGCCAUCGGCUGGAAGACGUACAUUGUCAACGCCAGCUGGAACGUCCUCUUCCUCGUCUGGGUCUACUUCUUCUGGGUCGAGACUCGCGACAAGAACCUCGAGGAGAUUGACGAGCUCUUUGACGGCAUCCGCCACUCUGACGUGCCCACCCUCAAGCAGAUGCGUGAGAAGACUGCUGCCGUCAGCGUGGUUGAGGUAUGA